AUGCUCCCAACUCUCUGCCGUCAAACAGUGGAGAAAAAUCAGCCAUCGCUGGUGAGAUGGCCUGGGUGCCGGGACUGCAAGGAUCAGAGAGCAAAACCUGCGUCUCUCUCCGCUUUGGUCGGGAGGUCCGCGUCUGGAGGCACCGAGCGAGUGACGCCGCCCGAGCCCCGCUACCGGGAGCGCCCAGGCGCGCGGCCCGCCCCGAGACGCGUGGCGUCCUCGCCCGCGUUUCCUCUCCCAAAACCAUCCUGCUGGAGGGCAACGCUGCUGCCGCCGCGUGCCCCCGGCCCGGAAGGAGGGGGCCGCUCCGUAUCGGGACAGGCUCGCGCGCCGCGGCCCGCGCCCAGGAUGGAGCCGGAUCCCUCCUGCAGCCGCGCAGCGGGGCCCGGGACGCGUGACCCCGAGCCCACUGCACCCCCACUGCACCCCCGCGGGGGCGGCGCAGCCCUCCUCGUGCCCCCACCUCUCUCGCCGCCGACCAGACGAGGCCCCCGCUCUCACGAAGGGAGAAGCAGGGGGACCGCAGUGGAGCGGGGAUCCGGCCUGGAGCAACAGGACCGGUCCCGGGUCGGGAACGGGGAGGAGGGCAGACAGGGAGCCGCAGAAAACCCCAACACCGGCAGCCCUCCCCCUCCCGGUGGGACCGUCCCGCCACCGCUUCCUGCCCGGGAUCAGCUUCCCAGCUGCAGCCACAGGAAAAAUCCGAGCCGCCCCUGCAAAUCCGCAGAGACCAGACGCUCGGCCCCGGGAUUCCCCCGUCCCGGGCCAGCCAUUCCGCAGCUCCGCACCCCUCCUUACCCGGACGCCGCACUCAGGAGCUCGCUCGCCGAGGGGACCAGACCCGCUUCAGCCCCAGCCGCCGGCCCGCCGCGCCCGCCUCCUCCCUCCGCUAGGUUUCAAAUUGAAAUUCCCUGGCUGGGGCCGUCAGAGGACUCGCGCGCCAGCCCCGCCCCCUCGCGGCGGAAGCUCCUCCCGCACCCCCGCCGGACGCGCCCCCGGUGCGGAAACCCCCGCGGGCCACGACACGCCCCCUACGCCCAGGCCACGCCCCCUCCCCGCCCCGGCCUGUGCGACCGACUCUUUCAGCGGGAUUAG